GAUAGAGAGGGAAAACUGAAGCAAACAACUGGAUUAAGGAAUCACUUCAUUUUGCUGUUCAGAGUGAAUGGAUAUUGCAGGGAGAAGUUACUUGUUAAUCACUUCUGGGAGUUAAAGGGUUAAACGUCAGGUUUGGACACAGCCGAAAAAUGAGUGCGCAUGCACGGUGGAUAUGGCGCUUUCGGGGAGCGUUUUCUGACUCCAUGGUGAAUGAAUUUCAUCGAGGAACGAACAGAACAUUAUGGUAUAAUUUUUUGGACUGUUAUUGAUGUGAAUCGAGGGCAAAAUUUAAUGGAGUUUGUCCGUAUGGAAAGGUCUUAAGGGUAAUCACCAAACCUUUAUUGGCGUCAACAAUGGCGAAGAAAUCCUCUGGCUCAAAGGUUCUGUUUUUUGUCGUCAUUGCAGGGAUAGUUUUUUUAUGGCAAUUCGAAAGAAAUUAUUCUACACUUAAAGUUACUUUAACGCUCCCAAGGUAUGGUAACAUAAACCGAGAAAUGAGGAACUCCAACACAACAGAACCAUGCUUAAUUCUUUACUGGUCGACUAUUUUCGGAAGUCAGCCACACAUUGAGAAGAGAUGGAACGACAAUGAUUGCCCAGUGGCCUGUCAGGUCACAUCUAACCGUUCUCGAGCCAGAGAGGCAGACGGGUUCGUUGUUCAUGCCCGGGAUUCACACAUGACACCUCCGAAGGAAUCUGUUCCAUGGAUCCUUCACACACAAGAAAACCCGGUGUACACUCCCGUAAUGAAAAACGCAAAGUUUAUGUCCAGAUUUAAUCUGUUAAUGAGUUACCGGUUAGACUACGAUUUCCCCGUCCCAGUUUACCCCAUGCCUCAAUUAACACCACCACUUACAUUUAAGGAAAAAACUAAGCUGAUAAUGGCAGCAUUUUCAAACUGUGAGCCUGUGCGGACGGAAUACAUGAGACAAUUAAUGAAGUUUGUGCAGGUCGAUUCUUAUGGAGCUUGUCUCAGGAAUAAGAAUGAUCUAGUGGGCCGUUAUGGAUCCAAGAACGGGAAAAAUUUCAAAGAGUUGAAGAGUGAAUUAGCGAAACAAUACAAGUUUACACUAGUAUUUUUUAACCAGGACUGUGAAUACUUUGUCGAUGAUCAACUAAGCCAUGCGCUGAAUGCAGGCUCAGUUCCUGUGGUAAUGAGUACAGAUAAACUCGACGAGUUCCUGCCGGGCAAUCUUCGACAAUCCGUCAUUAAAGUCCGUGAUUUCAGAACUCCAAAAGAUCUCUCAGAUUAUCUUAAGUACCUGAGCACAAAUGAGACAGAGUAUAACAAUUAUUUGACGUGGAAGUCGAAAGGAGUAGGAAAUAUCACGGGAACCGUUAUUGGAAAUUGCUGGAAACCAAAGUAUCCUAUUUAUUGCCAGAUCUGUGUGGCGCUUUCAGAAGGGCGAAUACACAAGGAAGGACUGAGGCCAAUCCCGUGUAAUGCGAGAACGUACGAAGACUGGGGUAUCAAAAAAGGGGCCUAAUUUUCCUUUUUCGUCAUCAUCACGACUAGCAAAAUCUUCGUUAUUGUUUAAAAAUAUUUACAUCGUUAACUAGUUUUAUUUACCCUUUAACUCCCAAGAUCUGAUUGUUAAUUCUCCCCUCCAGCUGCUAGACAUUUCCUUGUUAAUAAGUUGCGAGAAUUUGGUGUUAGAUCAAGAUAACAACUUUUACCUGAUAACUUAAAGUAUUCUCAUUUCUCUUCUGCUGGAUGACCAAGGUUAUUAUAGGGAGAAUUUACAUGUUAAUCACCUCUGGGAGUUAAAGGGUUGUUUUAAAAUUUCUAGUUUUUAGGCCAUGUUUCCAAAUUUUUGACUUAAUUGUGAAAACAUUGGACAAUUUUAGGAAACCUGAGAGUUGUACCAUUUAGCUCUCCUGAAUUGGUUUUGCUCGUGCAAGUUCUCCCCAUGAAAUCAUAAAUACUCAAACUUAUCACAUAGAAGUUGUUACUUUGAUCCGACUCCAAAUUCUCGUUAGUGAUUUACAAGGAAAUGUGUAGCAGCUAGAGGGCAGAAUUCAAAAUAAAAUCUUGGGAGUUAACGUGUUAAAGCAAUCAUUUUGUGUUUGCACUUUCUGUGACAAAAGUACUUACAGAAAUGAUGCAGCCUUUAGUGAGUGAUGCAGGGAUGUUCAACUAUGUUUGCUAUAUUUCUGCAUUUGUU